AUGGAUGACAGUUCAACUCCCCUCGCUUCUCUCUCCGUCACCCACGUCUACUACGACCCUGACGAUCAUGUCUCCCUCGCCUGCGCCUACCUCGCCCUCCUCCCCCAAGCCCUAUGCGUCGUUUACGCCACGCUCGUCCUUUUUACCCGCGAGGUCGAAGUCGCCUUGAUGUUUCUCGGUCAACUUGCCUGUGAGGUGCUCAACUUUGCCUUGAAACGGCUGAUUAAAGAAGAACGUCCGCGUCGCAUACACGGCAAGGGCUACGGCAUGCCUAGUUCCCACGCACAAUUCGUUGCCUUCUGGAGUGUCUCCCUGGCUCUGUUCCUGCUUGUCCGCCACAAACCUCCUCGUGUACAUUGUAUUCGUUCAGAAAGUAGCUUGCACCGACCGUGGAGCGUUCUUGAGAGAGUUGCUGUUAGUGUAGCUGGGGCGGCGAUUGCGGCUGCGACGGCAUGGAGCAGAGUAUACUUGAACUACCACACCCCUAAACAGGUCGUUGUGGGUAGUGUUGCAGGUGUCAUAAGCGCUCUCGGUUGGUUCAUUAUUGUUGCUGCCGUGAGGCAAACCGGCUGGCUAAAAUGGGCUCUAGAGACGCCUUUGGCGAGAGCUUUCAGAGUUAGGGACCUUGUCAUUGAAGAGGACAUGUGUCAGGCUGGUUGGGAGAAGUGGGAGAAGAGGAGAGCUGCUUCUCAAAUGAUAAAGAAAGACAGAUAG